AUGGGCACCCUGUUUCAGGUCGGGGCUACACCCCUGCACAGGCCCUCGGAGAAGAAUGGUGGUUUGCUGGAGGGCGGAGGGGAGGGUGCCCAAGACAGUGCAAAUGAUGCCAGCCCUGACGGAACCAGUGCGCGUCCACCACGAGCUGCCCACGUCCUCUCCAGGAAGGGACACCGGGUCCACGAGCUGCCCACGCCCUCUCCAGGAGGGGACACCGGGUUCACGAGCUGCCCACGCCCUCUCCAGGAGGGGACCGGGUCCACGAGCUGCCCACGUCCUCUCCAGGAGGGGACACCGGGUCCACGAGCUGCCCACGUCCUCUCCAGGAGGGGACACCGGGUCCACGAGCUGCCCACGUCCUCUCCAGGAGGGGACACCGGGUUCACGAGCUGCCCACGCCCUCUCCAGGAGGGGACACCGGGUCCACGAGCUGCCCACGUCCUCUCCAGGAGGGGACACCGGGUUCACGAGCUGCCCACGUCCUCUCCAGGAGGGGACACCGGGUCCACGAGCUGCCCACGUCCUCUCCAGGAGGGGACACCGGGUCCACGAGCUGCCCACGCCCUCUCCAGGAGGGGACACCGGGUUCACGAGCUGCCCUCGCCCUCUCCAGGAAGGGACCCCGGGUUCAUGAGCUGCCCACGCCCUUUCCAGGAAGGGACCCCGGGUUCAGGUCUCCUGCCGGCCCACAUCGUGCCUUUGUGUAAAUCAGAAAAAAGAUCAGGAACAGAACUGCAGGCGGCCGGCAGAGAAGGGGUCCAUGAUGGCGCCUCGGUGCGCAGCCUUGGACCUGCCCCCAUGGACCUGGACCCCACUGACAUCCCAGACCCCACUGACACCCCAGAUCCCAAUGACACCCCAGACCCCACUGACACCCCAGAUCCCAAUGACAUCCCAGGCCCCCACUGA